CUGGCACUGGUAUAGACCCAGUUGCCAAUCGGGAUCAAGCAUUUGAACUUCACAAUAUUUUUGCAAAUCAUGGCCAGGCUGGUAUAGGUGCUCUUCGGGGAUGCACUAUGGCACAGAUGAAUACUAGUAAUAGCUUUAGAAAUCCUUCCAUUGCCCAUGACUAUGCAAAUAUUGCUGGUAAUAAUGCAGUAACCAUAGGUUUGUCUCCAGACUUGGAGGAUGAUGCAGAACACAUUGGUACUGAGCAACCAUUAGCUAAUCUUUUUGAAAUUUUAGAGCGAAUUGAAAUGCGAAGAGCAGAAAAAAAAUUAGGAUUG